AUGAAAUUUGCUUUGGUCGUAGUUAUAACUUUUGUAACACCUUCGUGUUACGAAGGAACUGACCUUGUCAACAAGGACCGGUGCUUCGAGGAUGGCCGUUAUGUGUGUGGCAGGAGUCUUACGUACAAUUGUCCUGUUAGAAGCGGCGAGGUCGACUAUAGACAGUUCAAUCCUUGCAACGAUGGGCUCAAGAUUAACACCAUCACCAGCCUGGCCUUUCUGACCAAGGGAAAAAAUGACGCUCACAUUCUCCUUCAAAACAAUGCCAACGACUUCGAUAACAACGUGGUAGAGAUAGUCAUCGGUGGGUGGGGUAACACUAAAUCUGUCAUCAGAAAUAAACAGCAAGGCCCCCCUUUGUGCAGUUACGAGGGAAAUAUACUUUCCAGCUCUUCGUUCCAAUGGUUUUGGGUCUCUUGGAACGGCGGCUGUGUGAAGGUUGGCAAGGGCUCCACAGUAGGUGGCUCUCAGAUAAUGCAGUGGUGCGGACUUAACUACAACAUUAACGGCAUCCGCUUUAGCUACGGCUAUGGCAGCGGAGGCACGUUCAUAAUCCCUUUCUCGACCCACUCUUCGCCUCACCACGACUCCUCCAAGACGUCCGAUACCAUGAGCCAUAGUCAUUUCGGCACGUCCAAGAGCUCUCACAAUGGCAGGAGUCUUACGUAUAAUUGUCCUGUUAGAAGCGGCGGGGUCGACUAUAGACAGUUCAAUCCCUGCAACGAUGGGCUCAAGAUUAACACCAUCACCAGCCUGGCCUUUCAGACCAAGGGAAACAAUGACGCUCACAUCCUUCUUCAAAACAAUGCCAACGACUUUGAUAACAAAGUGGUAGAGAUAGUCAUCGGUGGGUGGAGUAACACAAAAUCUGUCAUCAGAAACCAACAGCAAGGCCCUCUUUUGUGCAGUUACGAGGGAAAUAUACUUUCUGGCUCUUCCUUCCGAUGGUUUUGGGUAUCUUGGAGCAGUGGCUGUGUUAAGGUUGGCAAGGGCUCCACCGUAGGCGGAUCGCAGAUUAUGCAGUGGUGUGGACUUAACUACAACAUUAACGGCAUCCGCUUCAGCUACGGCUAUGGCAGCGGAGGAACGUUCAUAAUCCCUCUAUCGACACACUCUUCUUCUCACCACUCUUCGUCACACCACUCUUCGUCACACCACGACACCUCCAAAUCAUCCAAGGCUUCCGGUACCUCGGAACACAGUCACUCCAGCUCGACGAAGUCUAGGAAGUACGUUACGAUAGACUGUGACAGCUGGAAUUUUGAGUACCAGGUUUGUAACGUCCCCGGUGCGAAGUCAAUCAAUAACGUCCGGCUCACUGAACAGCGCUCAAAAUCCGAGUGUAAACUGAACUCCAGCUUUGGCUUUGACGGCGAUCACAUCUGGGUCAACAAAGGUUGCAGGGGGCGAUUCAACGUCUGCUACCACUCAUAG